AUGGCUUUUCUUCAUUACAGUCGGCCUAUCCCAGAUAUCGAGAGAACUCUGCUCAAUAUAGAGGUAAAAAGGAGGAAUUUCGUGUGGAGUACGAGCAAUACAGGUAUCUUUGCACUCGACCCAAAGAAGAGGGACACCGAUGUGCAACAUCUUGUCGAAGUGAUUGGGAACGCGCUGAACACUCAACUUACCAACCCGAGGAUACUCGGGGUGAAUGCGGACCAUCCUUACUACGUGGGCGAUUCGCCUCUUGUUCUAAUCUGUCUGAUUGUGGGUGGGCAGCCUGGGAACCACAAGACGACAUGGUCCGACGGUGCAAGGACUUUCGAGUUUGUCGAAGGUGCUGUGUUUCGCUGCGAGAAUGGGAAGAUACAAGCAGAAGUGGGUUCCUCCAGCUCCUUCUUGUGUCUUACGCCCAGCGCUUAG